AAAUCAUAUUUUAAAUCAUUUUUUUUCUGACCUAUCCCAUGAAACCUUUCCUGACGAGAUCAUGUGAUUGUGAGGUCAAAGCAACACAAACUGCCGUUUUGACGUAGGUUGAAUUGAAAAAAGCCAAUCCCCUUAUAGACAAGUUGAAUAUAAAUAUAUAAGACUUUAGAUGACAAAUGUAAAAUUGUUAGUUUUUCUUUUUCAUCUUUUUGUGACCAUUAGUGGAGCAGAACAACAGUCAACAGGUUUAUAUUAUGAAUAUCAAGACUAUCCACAAGAUCAAUUCAACAACGUUUUAGUAGAUAAUCAAUCAGGGUUGAAUGAAAGGAAUGGCUCUGAUCUCCAGGAGUACCAGGAUACACAGGAUAUCCAGGGGUACCAGGAUACCCCAGAAAAUGAAAGUUUGGAGAAAACUGAAGAGGAAACUAUCUCACCGCAAUACAUACCAGAUUCUCUUCAAACUGCGGCUCUCCUUGAAACCAUGCAGAGAAAUAAACGAUCCAACAGUUCGACCCAGGAAAGCUUUUUAGCAAGAUAG